AUGCCCCCUAUUGGAUUUGACCUGCUGUUGCUGACCUGGCCUGUGACCCGACUAUUCUCUGCCCGCUGCUUUGUACCGCACCGUCCCCACGGCUACCGACCCGGCUUGUCUGACCUUGCACCUGCUCAGCCAUCCAUCCCAUCGGGGUCACCCAACCUCCUCAUAGCAGGCUCUCCCCUGUGGGAGCCCCUGGCAAAUGCCCCUACCACUGACGGGCGUGCUCAGUAGUCACGACCUGGUCUCAUGGUACUCCAAGUCCAUCCCCACCUUCAGGGGCCCUGGUGAAUAAGUGCUCUGGGGCUUAGAUUCCGUGCUCUGGGGACGCCUGAUCAGUGGAGCGCUAGUGGUACCGCCGGGCGGUCCCUUACACC